AUGGCUCCUCUGCGGCUCUUGGUCGACCUUCGCGACAGCGACGAAGACGAGUAUCCCGUCAUCACGGACGAGAAACGCAUCGACAAGGAGACGUCUUCCAUGGACAAACCCCCUCCGUUGACAAAAUCGACAACACGGACAGGGAGACGAAACAACAAAAGCGGGGAUCCUGGCUUGCACGAAUGGCACAUUUGUGGACAAAAAUACUGCGCUGGAAAGAAAACAAACAAAAAACCGGCCACUACCGCCGCCCAGCCACAAUGGCCGCCGCGUCCAUUCACUGACCGCACGGGCGUCACCAAACGCAAGAUCGCCGCCAUCCUCUGCUCGUAUGUGCAGCCGGACUGCGCGCUGUCGGAGGACGUCGUGGCGAAUAGCAUUCUCGCGCUGAUCCCGGAAGACGCAACGGCGUCGAGGGACGUGAAGAGCUUUGUUCGGAUUUGCGUUGAUCUUGCUGAACAAAUCCCGUACCAUCAUCCGUCGCAGCUCAAGCUGGCCAGGCUGCUGAGGGUACUGGGAGAGUCGCCCACAUUUCUGAGCCAGCAUUGGCUGGGGUCGGAAAAGGAAGAAAUUGUGCUGCUGCCUCAUCGCCUGCUAAUGGAUAGGCUUUUCGCCCCAGCAGUGCUUGACGCGGCCUUUCCCGACGACUACGUCAAUGCCAGUGCCUUCAGAGCCAAGCUAUGCGCCAUGUGUACAUGGGGUGCCCCACCCGGCCCGGGGUUCGACAUCUUUCGCGACCUCUUUGAGACGGACAAACAAUAUAGUUCCGCGUUUGUGAAGAACACCCUGGUCAAGGGAGCAGCGCAAUGGGUCCUUUGGAACGGCCACGGCAUGUUCAGCUACAUUCUAUACGACCAGGACGGCGACGGAAGGUUUGUGGCCAAGGUUGGCAAUGCAGCGGGCCUGCCCCCUUUCCAAGCUCGUUCUGUGGAACGGUGGCGGUACUGGGCAUCAAAGUUUGAGGAGGUCGGGACCUGGUCGGAUGCCACGGACGAGUGCAAGGACUUGGCCGCACGUGCAGCGAGGAUCAUGCAUGCCUUGGCGGAGAACAUGGUAUUUGCAGUUUGA